AGCCUUUGAACUAAGACGGAAGCAAGAAGAAGAAAAAGAGCUAAGACUUAGAGAGCAAGUUCUGCAGCAGAGGAAGAUGAAACUUCAAGAAGCAACCAAUAAGUUCCAGCGUGUUCACCUGCCUGUUGCUCAGCCCAGGCAAAUAGUCCAGACAAAAGCAGCUUUUCAGUUAGAAGAAGCUCUCGAACAAAUUAAAAUACCAGUUUCAACACCAGGACUGUGCUUGCCCAGCAGAAACAAAACAAAUUUCAGAACCACAGAUGACACUUCAACCUCAUCAGCAUCUAGAAACAGUUCUUUCCACAAGAAGCAGAUUUCAGGAGUGAUUGGCUGGGAUAAAACAAGGGAAGAGAGCAGGAGAACAAACAUGGAUAGUUGCAAACUUCUCUUCCAGAAAAAUCUGAAAGAAAUGCAACAACUCCUUGAAAAACAGCAUCUCAGCAACUUGGAGAAUUUUUAUCAAGAAGUCAAGAAAGCAGAUGAUUCAGAUAGCCUGUCAAGCCUCGACAGUCUUGAGGCUGGAGAACAAAAUGGAAAUUGCACAACACGGAGUGAAUCAUCUUUGAGUUCACAGUGUGACUGUGUCCUGUACAAUCCAGAAAAAUCACAAACGAGGAAUAAUGAUUUGCUUUAUAUACCUCAAAGUACUUCUAAAAAUAUGCAUCUCAAUAAUUGUCUGAGAAAUGUAGAUUCACAGUACCACCACGGGAUCAAUUUUGGAACUCGACCCAUGUCUUCUAUUAGAGACAGUGUAGAGCUGGCAAAAAUGAAAAAGAAAAGUGCAAAAAAUGAAAAAUACAAUAGAAAGCUAAGAUGGUGUGAUCAAAUUAACCAGAUAAUAAUAGAAAGUGGAAAAUGCUAUGAAAAAGACACCAGUGAAAUAUCUUCUGCACAGCUGCAAUAUGUUCUAACUACAAAUAAUGCUCCUAAGACUAAUUCGAGUAUUGUUGCUCAACCUUCAAACCUCAUGUUCCUAAAAAAUCAUCAGGAAAACCCUCAUAUAUCAAAACCAAAUGUUAAUACUGAAGAAUCAAAUAAGGAAUGCACGUCUCUGAAUAUAUUUAUGUCUACUGGAUCGUCUUCUGCUAAAAAGACUUGGAUGGUAUCAAAACACGAAGAAAGCAAACACGCACUAUGUGGUAAUAAUUCUAAAUUUAGUGAAGGUAACCUACUCAAAAAUAAGGCAAAAAUAUCUAGAAGAAUAACAAGAGCCCAGUCAAGUUUUAUGCCCAAGAAAGAGAAGAGAACAGGCUCUAUAACCCAACCACAAUUGGCCACUGAAGCCAACAAAAGUGAGAAAGCUCCAGGGCUGUUGCUGGCACCUCACCCACCGUCUGCACCUCCGCCGGGACGCCGAAGGGGUGAAAACACUGGCCCUGGGAAUGAUUUAAACGGAAGGCACGUCACGUUAGCAGACUGGGUUUUAAAUCGAACCGGCACAGAAAGCAGUGAGAGCGUUACUUGUCAUUCCAUCUUGGCCACUGCAAUACCUACACCUGGCUGCAGCGCGGGCAGAUACGAACCUUGGGCAAAAAAUACUUGUUCUGUAAGCGGUGUUCAGACAAGUGCCUGUCAGGAUCAUUCAGUAACCAGCACUGAAAAAAGACCUGUUAACAUGGAAAAUGGAUUACAUCUCCACCGUAUCCCAGCAGCUGGAAAAACAAGUCCCUCCUGGCAAGGAACGCGUACUGCCCGAGCUCCAAAAGGCUCUGCUACUGGUGCUGUUCAGCACCAUGUGGCACAUUACAGUAAUUCUCAUAUAACUAAAUGGCAGCCUAUUAAAGCUAAUGUGUCCCAUGUUAUUACUGAUGGCAGCAGCCAGAUUACCAGUUUCAAAGUUGCUUCUAGGAUCAAUGAAUUGUUUUCUUUUUCUGCAAACGGUGCUGUUCCUGUUAUAAGACAAAAGGAGGUUUUUGACAACCAUGAAAAUAACACUAGAGCUUUUUCAGAAUACAGAAGACAAAGUGUAGCCUCUAAAAGAUGGAAGCCUCCUCAUCAUGCACAGCUGAGUCCUGUUCAAUCUGCAUUUGAUCCAGUACAAAAUAUGAAUAACACCUACAAAUCUGAUGAAGUUUCAGACAGCACUGUUCGGUUUCUUCUGGCAGAAAAAUUGGCAAGUACACCUGCUGCCGAGGAUGAAAUCCUGGCAGUGCUGGAAAACGUGCAACCAGCCAGAAAAGCCUUACUGCUUAACAGGGCUCGGUGUCCACGCAUGAGCACACUUUCAGUGGAAGAACAGAAGAUCUUCCAGUCUCUUGAUCGUCUCAAUCGAAGGCUACAAA